AUGGCGGAAACAGAAGCCACAAAGACCAAAGUCACGCUUCACUGGUACGAUUCACCCCGGGAACUUCCGCGGGAAGGCCAGGAGCGCUUGCCACUGCAUUGCAAGGAAACAGAAUUAACUAACGAUCAAAUGGUGUUACCACAGGCUGGACAAGUCCAGAUCUCAGCGUUUCGUAUGGCUUCUGCAAGAAUGCAAAGGCAUCGAAUUGAAGAUCGAAGUCUACAAGCGCAUGUCCAACAUGCUGGCUCCUCCUGAACUUAAGGAAAUCCAUCCUCUUGGGAAAUCGCCAGUGAUCGCCGUCGAGGCACCGAAUGCUGCUAAGCCGCUCGUGCUUGCCGAGUCUGGCUUCAUGAGCGAGUACUUGACCGAUUACUUUGCUCAGCAUCUGGUCCCCAAGCGGUACCAGGAGGGCAAGGAGAACCAGGUUGGCGGCGAGACGGAGCAGUGGUUGCGGUAUCGCUACUAUAUGCACUAUGCUGAGGGCUCGUUGAUGACGAUUCUGUUGCUGGGACUCUUCAUUGAUCGUGAGUGUCCUGCGAAUGUUGUGGGGGUGGUGCUGGGCUCUGACAUCGCUUCCAGAAAUCAAAAACGCCCCAGUGCCCUUCUUUAUCAAGCCGAUUACCCGCCAGAUUGCGGCUCGCGUGGAAUCUGCGUUCCUCACGGAGAAUUUCGCGACGCACUUUGGCUUCUUAGAAUCGCAGAUCGCCUCAUCUCCGGACGGUGGGAAGUACCUCUGUGGAAAGGAAUUGACGGCGGUGAGGAGAACUCCACGCUUUGAGGCUGGUAUCUGUGUUGCUGACGCUUUAUGUGUAGGCUGAUAUCUUGAUGAGCUUCCCCUUGUUGGCUGCACGAGCAUCGGACAAGAUUGAUAAAGCCACAUAUCCCAAAUUGAUGGGCUACAUUGACACGCUAGAGGCCGAGGAAGGGUACAAGAAGAGUGUUGCGAAGAUUGAGGAAGUGACUGGCGAGAAGUACACCACCCGAUUGUAG